AUGAACAGAGAACCACAAAAUAAUCUUUUUUAUAAACAGUUUGUUAAAGAGUUGCAUGAUAUUCAUAACAGACUUGGAUGUGUUUCUGAUGUUUUUAGGACAAGCAUUUUGAAAUCAUUAUCAAGG